AUAGCCAAGGAGCUAUCACAAUCGCGGAGUCGACUCGCUAAUAUACGACCAGGGCCUACAGUCGCUGACGAGGAAUUCCGGCAGUGAACAAGUGUCGUGAACAAAUACGUGUUAUCGAUGUUCGGUGUUGGCUACUCGAGGCACAUAACCUCGAAUAUUUUCUCAGUGUAUAUCGUGAAAACUGAUAGUGAAUAAACCUAUAAAAUCUCGGGAGUAAUGGAAAGCGGAGAAGAUACUGUCAGGGUGAAAGAGGAGCCAAACGAUACUUGGCGCGAUGAAGGGAACGAUCAUAAUUUGUAUUCGGUGAAUCAAAAGCUGUCGUAUGAUGAAUUAUAUGCAAAGCGCAUGAAUGAAGCUAUAGUGCUACACGAAAAGUUAGAUGAAAAAAUAUUCAUAGAUUGUGAGUGCAAAGAUUUUAAAACCGAACUCAAUUCUUUAUCGACAACUAUUUGUAAAAAUGAGUAUCAGAGUUAUCCGCCUAGUGUGAAAGUAGAAAACGAACUUCGGAAUAAGUAUUUGAAUGAUAAGGAACUGAUAGUUUUGAUUAAAAAAAAUUUUGAUUAUCAAAAUAAUUGCCAAUAUCAAAUAAAUCCGCGAUUGAAAAUUAUCGACUCCAAAUUAUCUUACGAGUGUAAGACGUGUCAAAAAAAAUAUAAAGGAGCUGUGAGUCUACAAAGAUCAUAUGAGUGUGAGAUUUGUCACACAUCAUUCGAACGAAAAAGUAUCCUUAAAAAUCACGUUAAAACAGUAAAUAUUCAGAGCAAACCUUUCGAGUGUGACAUUUGUCAAAAAACAUUUGGACAAAAAAUUACCCUUAAGCAUCACGUACGUGUAGUACAUGAUCGCAGUAAAUCCUUUGAAUGUGAAAUUUGUCACAAAUCAUUUGGAGAAAACGGUACCCUCAAAAGUCAUGUCAACGCAGUACAUAAUCGGAGCAAACCCUUCGAAUGUGAUAUUUGUCAAAAAUCAUUUUCAUACAAGGGUAAUCUCAUUAGACACAAAAAAAUAGUACAUGAUCAGCGCAAAUCCUUUGAAUGUGACAAUUGUCAGAAAUCAUUUGGACUAAAACAAAAUCUCAAUAGACACAUAGAGACAGUACAUAAUCGGAGCAAACCCUUCGAAUGUGAGAUUUGUCACAAAUUAUUUGGGCGAAAAAGUAUCCUCAAUUCUCACAUAAAUGCAGUACACGAUCGCAGCAAACCCUUCGAGUGUGACAUUUGUCACAAAUCAUUUGGACGAAAAAGUACCCUGAAACAUCAUGUCAACGCAGCACAUGAUCGCAAUAAAUCCUUUGAAUGUGAAAUUUGUCACAAAUCAUUUGGAGAAAACGGUACCCUCAAACGUCAUGUCAACGCAGUACAUCUUUUAAGCAAACCCUUUUUAUGUAAGAUUUGUCAUAAAGCAUUUGGACAGAAGAAUAACCUCAAUAGACACAUAGAUAAAGUACAUGUACAGAGUAAAACUAUUCGAAUGUGAUUUAUGUCAAAAAUCAUUUGGUUACAAAAUUCUCUAAAACCUCUCAUAAAUGGUAGGUAAUCUUUUUAAGACUUUUGAGUGCAAGAUUUCACGAAGCAUGGCACAUUAUCGAAACAACCCUUAA